AUGGCUGAGAGCUCAUCAGAGGGUCAUGGAGAAUCCAGCUUUUCUAACAUCAAAGGUCGUCCAACCUUACAACAAUACUGCCACGAGCUUCGGAAAUGGGUGAGUAUACAGGAUUUACCUUCAGUCAUGCGAUAA